AAAGGAUGGACCUCCACACUCCUCCUACAGGAGGACCCCUGAUGGCUGUUGAGUUGACAAACAAUAUAAUAGUUCACUGGGGGCCACACGGAGUUCCUCUGCGCUUUACAAAAAUGCCGAUCACUGACCUGCACUACAUCAGUAAUGAUAUUAAUGAAAUAGCUGGGGGUUCUCAUGCAGUGAUCGUCUUCACACUCUUUGCUCACCUGGUUUUUCACCCUCUAACAUUCUAUGUGCACGAAGUGGCCAAAAUCCGUCAGUCUGUCGUUUCGCUGCUGAGCCGAGCACCAGACACUAUCAUCAUCAUCAAAUCUGGAAACACUGCCGGAUAUAAGGACAUUUUUCAAAGUGACUGGUACGCCAUGCAGCUGAACACAGUGAUGCAGGAGAUGUUCAGAGAUAUUGAUGGCGUAAUCUACUUCGAUGUCUGGCAGAUGACUUCAUGUCACUACCUUCGAGAAAAUAUCCACCCAGGCCCUGUCAUCGUGGCUAAUGAAGUUGAUAUGUUCCUGUCAUUUGUUUGUCCUGCCUGACUGCAGAAAUACAGUCAGAUUGUGCUAUUGAAGGCCAAGUGAGCAUUAAGCUGAUUUACAACUCUUGUCUGUAUGUUGUACUUUAAAAAUUUACGACUUAUAAAAGGUUGUACAUGAAAUAAGACUUUCUAUUUCCUUUUUACUGCCCAUUUCAUAUUACAUACUGUAGCUUUCAAAUAAAUUAUUAUACAUUC